CCAACGACUGGCGACCGAGCACGGCCAGUUUGUUCGACAGACCAGAGACUAGCGGUCACGAUUCACAGUUCUCUAAGCGGAUUCUUGAGAACCCUGCGAAAUACGUAACCUACCAGAACCAAAAUAAUCAAAAAACAAUACAACACAUUUUUUUAAGUGCUCGCGAGUGGAACAAAAGCAAGAACCCACCCUGGAGUGCCAAACAUGACACCCUGAAACCAAGUUAGCGCCAAAGUGAGUCGCAAUGCACGCCAGCCCGAUCCUGCUCCUGAUCCUGGCCGUGGCCAUGACCUCGGCCAGCAGUCCCGGCCACAACGGCCCGGUGGCAGCCGGCCCGAAUGGAUUACAGUGCCAGCCCAUCGCCGUUUCCGCCUGCCAAGGUCUUGGCUACAACAUGACCGCGUUGCCCAACCUGGCGGGUCACACAAAUCAGCUGGAGGCUGAGCUUCAGAUUGCCAAGCUGCUGCCCCUCAUCGAAUCCGGAUGCUCGCGACGUGCCCGAUUCCUGCUCUGCUCGUCGCUGUUUCCGCUCUGCACGCCGGAUGUGCCACGCCCUGUCACCGCCUGCAAGUCGCUGUGCGAAACCGUUAGGGGCGAGUGCUCGGAGAUCGCCCCGCCGGAAUUGAUGGACCUGUGGCCCUCGUUCCUCCACUGCGACGGACUGCCGCAGCCGGAGAAGCACGAGCUGUGCAUGCAGAUUCCCCAGAAGGAUGGCGUUCCAGGUGGGGGCCCAGUGGGUCCGCCCACCACCGGGGGGCCCACCGUCGAGGAUCACCCGCAGACGUACCGCUUCUGGAAGAGCGGAUCGCUACCUGCCCCUGGCCUGGGCGGCGUCCUGUGCCCGCAGAACUUCAGCGGUAGUCCCUUUAACCCGGAGGAGUGCGUGCCCCAGUGCCAGCGGGACGCCUUCCACACCAGCGCCCAGAAGAAGAUGUCGGAAGGGCUGGUCCUGGGCCUCUCAGCCGUCUGCUUCGUCCUGACCCUGUUCGCCCUGGUCACCUUCUGGGCGGAGCCCACCCGGUUCGGCUACCCCGAGAGACCCGUGCUCUUCCUGUGCCUGUGCUACAACCUGUUCAGCGUGUGCUACCUGGAACGGAUCGUGUUCCACAACCAGGCGCGGAUGCAGGACGUCCAGGUGCAGGGGCGUCUAAUGCGCUCGGCCUGUCAACUGACGCCCCCCUGCCUGGCCUCCUACAUAACCACCUCCUACCUGAGUCUGUGUGCCUCCAGCUGGUGGCUCAUUUUUGCCCUGUGCUUCUACCUCUCCUCCCACAAGAAGUGGUCCAGCGAGGCGCUGGAGAAGCGAUCCGGCCUGUUCCACGUCCUAGCCUGGGUGCCGCCCCUGGGCCCGCCCAUCGCCGCCCUGCUCCUGGAAAAGGUGCGUCCAAGCGAGCUGACCGGGAUGUGCUACGCCCCGGGAUUCGUGGAGCUGCCGGCUCUGGUCCUACUCCUUCUGGGGCUCUACUUCACCCUGAAGGCCUCCAGGUCGCUGCUCUCCCUGCAGCAGCAGCUGCAGCCGACCCUGGCCCACCACCGCUUCGGGCAGAUCAGGAAGCGCUUCGUGGUCUUCUCCCUGCUGUACUUCGCACCCACGGCCGCCGGCGUGGUGGCGGCUCUCUGCGAGCGGUACGCAGACUCGGUGCCCAGCUGCUCCACCCCCGAGGACUGCCUCUCGCCCACCCCGCUGAGUGCCUGGCCGGCCUUGGUGCGGGUGUUCUUCCAGCUGGUGGGCGGAACCUUGACGGGACUGUGGGUGUGGUCGCGCAAGACCUGCGAGAGCUACAGGCAUCGCUUGGGGGCCAGCGGCACGCCCACCUCCUCGUUAAUGAACCAAAGCAAGACGGCCGGGGCUCUGCCUAAAAAGCAUUUGUAUACGAGCGGAAAGUCCAUGCUACCCAGUGGGGGAAUCACUCCCCUCUACGCCGGCAUUAGUUUCCACAAUGUGCCCGUCUACAGUCCCAAUCAAUCUAUAGUCUAGGGCUAGCGGAAUCACCCUCCUCUAUUGUACAUAUAAAAGCAUCCCUCCAUUCAGCCGCUCAUCCGCCCCAUUCAUUCCCAGAAUUCUAUAAGGCUAUAAGCUCUGAUCUAAGUACACGUAGUGUUGUACGUCUAGUUCGUAAGCCUCGAAAACGAAAAACUGAAAUGUGUUAAUAGUUUUAAAUUUCGCCCGCCUCCAACCACCCAUCAUCCCCAGUUUUUAUUAGUAGUUCUUUAGCUAAUCGUAAGUCUGUAAAUAGACUAAAUGUUUUAUUACUCCUUGAAAUAUUGUACAUAAAUAGUUUUAAGACAACCAAUUUAAUUUCAUACCCUAAUAAAAAAUGAAUAUAACAUUUAAA